AUGUUCGAUGUUACUUCUUUAAACAAAUCAACAAUAGAAGCAUCAACGUGUUCAAUGUCCCAAAUACCUGUCAAUGAAAAACGACGAAACUAUCGACUUUAUGCAGGAGAUCCUGCAAUUCAUCCAGGAGACAAACGAUUGUAUGCUAAUGGAGAUGUCGAAGGAACACCACUUCAUGUUUCCGGAUGUGUUGAUCCACGUAUUCCAACUCGAUUGGAUCGAUCUUAUCAGGAUUUACCUGUACCAAAAUUUAAACUUGAUCGUUGCUGGGUUGGUGCUAUUCCAGCUAAAGAAGUAACAUUUCGCAAUUUAAAUGAUAAUAUAACAAAAACAUUUUUAACUGAUACAUGUAAACGUUUUGGUGAUAUAGAAGAUUGUAAGAUAUAUUAUGAUCGACAAACUAAAAAACAUCUUGGAUUAGGAACAGUAAUUUUUAAAACAACAAAAGCUGCUCGAGAAUGUGUAAAUGCAUUGAAUAUGACAAGUAAAAUGGGUAGUAUUAUAUCAGUAUCAUUGGAAACAUUUGGUCAAGAACGUACAAAACAAUAUGCGACAAUUAUUCGUGCACAGGAACAAGAAAAAGCUGCUCAAGAAAAAGCAUUAGCUGCAUCAGCUGCUGCAUCUCCUCCACCUUCCAUGGAUUUAAAUCUUAAUAAACAAACUGAAAGAUCACAUAUAUCAAUGCAAUUACCUAUUAAUCAUAAAAUAACAAAUAAUUAUUCUCAACCAUCAAAUUCCCAUUCAUCGCGAGAUCAUCAUCGAACAUCAAAACUUCAAUCAACAUCAUCAUCAUCUCGAUAUGAUUCGCGAGGUGGUCAUCAUUCCGUCAAUGAUAAUACCGAACAAUUUUCUUUUGAUCCAUAUGGAUCAUUCGGUAAUAAUAGUAAUAAUUAUAAAUCUUCAUCAUCAUCUCGUCGAUCUUCUCGUCGAGCACAUCAUCAUCGUCCACAUUCUCAACAACGUCGACGACGACGAAAAACAAGUAGUAGUGCAACAUCAUCAUCUACUUCACGUUCAUCAUCAACCUCAUCUUCAACAUCAAGAUCAAGUUCAACAUCAAGAUCUUAUUCAAGGUCUUCAUCUUCAUCAUCAAAAUCAAGUUAUUCAUCGACAAAUAGUCAUAAUCAAAAACUAACGCAUAAUUCUCGAGCAAUAAAUUCUAAACAACAAAUUGAUGAUGAAGAUCAUCGUCCAAGUUUAGAUGAACGUAUAGCAGCUUUAUUUCAACAACAACAACAAACAACGAUGCCUUCAUCUAUACCAACUAAAACUCAUCACCGUCCAUUACCAUUACCAAAUGUUCCACCACCAACAGUUUUCUCUUAUCCACCACCACCAUUGCCACCGCCAUUAACUAAUAUUGUUGGUAGUCAUCAUCAUCAUCAACAAUCGUAUGGUGUUGUGAAUAAUUUUAAUUUUUUU